AUGUACGGCCUGAUGCUGGAGCCGGAGCUGCAGACCCCGGUGCCCACGCACAGCCCCGCGGCAGCACCGGGGGGACACCCAGGGGGACAGCUGGGAGGACACCCGGGGACACACCCGGGGACACAUCCGGGGGAACACACGGGGUCACAGUCCGGGACGGCCGGGGGGAAGCUGCCCGCAGAGCGCAUUAAGAGGCCCAUGAACGCGUUCAUGGUGUGGUCCCGGGGCCAGCGGCGGAAGAUGGCGCAGGAGAAUCCCAAGAUGCACAACUCUGAGAUCAGUAAGCGCCUGGGCGCGGAGUGGAAGCGCAUGACGGAGGCGGAUAAACGGCCCUUCAUCGACGAGGCAAAGCGUCUGCGCGCCAUGCACAUGAAGGAGCAUCCGGACUACAAGUACCGGCCCCGGAGGAAGACUAAGACUCUGCUCAAGAAGGACAAGUACUCUCUGGCGGGAAACCUGCUGUCUGCGGGCGCGUGCCAGCGUCUGGAGAGCCCCGGGGCCGCGGGGCACGCGGCGUACGCUGUAAACGGCUGGAGCGGCGCCUCGUACCCGGGGCCCGUGGGGAUGAUGCACGAGGCGCAGCUGUACGCGCACUCCCACCACGCGCACACCAGCCCGCAGCAUGCACACCGCUACGACAUGAGCGCGCUCUCCUACAGCCCGGUGCCGCACGCGCAGGGCUACAUGAGCGCCUCCCCGCCGGGCUACGGAGGCCUCACCGGAUACACACACGCGCACCCGGGUCAGAGCGCGUCUCCGGGCGUAAAACACGAGCCUGGCGCGAGCCCUCCUGUGUCCCGCGCGCCCUGCUCCUCAGGAGACUUGCGGGACAUGAUUCGCGUGUACCUGCCCCCCGCAGAGCACGCGGACCCGCUGCCCAGACUGCACGCGCUGCACGCGCAGCACUACGCGAGCGGAGGCGCCGUAACCGGCACCGUGACCGGCACGGUGCCACUCACGCACAUCUGA